CCGAGGGACGAGCGUAGCUCUCGCCAUGGACUUGACGCGGUGGGUGGGCCGGAACCCCUGCAGUCCAACUAAAGCACAAAGUUGGCUUGUCCAGUGCCUGGUCCUGCCACGCUCCCGUGCACACACAUGCUCUCGCCCCGCUCCCCACUCCGCCCCGCCUCGCGGCCCUGCGCCUCGCGUUCCCACAGUGCGAGAGAGAGGGUGAUUGUCAGAGAAAAAGAUGCUCGAAUACUAUGGAAUACUAUGUAUCGAAUAGACACGGCACCCUGCUGGCCACACAAGCUUGCUUUCAUCGUCGCAGGUGGUUGAGAUGAGGGCACCGUGACCAUCCUCGACGCUUUUCACAACGCAAGACACACCACAGGCGUCC